AUGCUGCCCGUCGUAUUCUGGGGGGCACACCACUCGAGGACCAAUUCCAACGACACUGGCAAGCGAUCAACGGACGCCGAUGCUAACGAUUUGGGCUUGUUGCUAAGAUUACGAGGAGGAGGUGAUGCGGAGGAGGCUGUGACCGAGCCCUCCCCGAAACCAGCACACGGAGGAGGAGAUUCGGUCAGCGAGGAGGCGGCGGGCACCCCGUCCUCACCCGGGCUUGCCCUGCCCUCGCCUAAGCCCGCCCCGGCGGGGUUCCGCCCACUGCGGGACGCGCUUGGGCGCUAUAUUCGCUACACCGUGCCUGACACACAAACGGGAGCGGAGGAUGCGCCUGUGCUCCCAGGAUAUAGGCAGCUGGACAGACGUGACCUGUUCGGCGAGGGGGAGGCCGACACCGGCGACUCGGAGGGCUCGGUGGAAAUGGGUCCCCCAAAGGCGCAAGCGGAGCCCUCGACCACAGAAAUGUGCAGGAAGUUUUGGGGCUCGAGGCCCGACAAACGGCCCGCGGAUGACCUAGCACUUUCCUCCGGCUCAGAAAGCGACGCGGGAGUCGGGACACUGCUGUCAGGCACUGCCAAAAGAGGCAAGAAAGCAAAAGGGGAGCGUAAAAUUGGUCCUCUUAGCAAGACCGAUCCGCUGGGCCGAACACCCGUCGUCCUGGUGGAGCGCAUCCGGCUCGGCUCCGGUUCGCGCUUACCGCAUGAGACGGAAGUAACCGAGGACACUGCAUCCCAACUACACACUACAGGGGAUUACUUAAAGGCCCGCGAGGCCACCAAGAAGGCGAAACGCGAAGAGCUGCGGCUUCAGGAGGAAGAGGAAGCAGAGAACUUCUGUCGGUCUGUCACAGCCCGCCAAGCAAGACUCUCUGAAACGUCCACCGAGAAUCAUGAGGGGAACCUCAACGACCGAGUAGAUGCCAAUCUGAAAGCCAUCAAGAUGGUGGCCGACAAGUCGAGCCAUCUUAAGGGCACCUUUCAAAAGGCCCUAAAAGAUUCGGUCAAGGCGUUAAAGGAAGUCUUUGAGGAGCUCAGGACACACUCCGUGUCUGAUGAAACGCGACAAUUAGAGGCCGCAAAUAAGCGCCUCAAAGCGGAGCUAGCAGAUGUGCGUUGCGAGCUUCGCAAAAUUCGCGAGGACAUGGAACGGCUCCAAAUGCCGCGUUGGGACUCACCUCCCUCAAAGGCAAUAGACAGGGAGGCGCCCCAGCCCGCCGCUGCCCUCGGACGUCCCCAUGUGGACGACCUGAUCGGGGCAAUCACAGUUAAGGUGGGACGUAUCCUUGACGACAGACUCGGAGCCUUGGAGCGAGAUGGCAGGCUUCUGCCAAACAAAACAGGACAGACCCCACUGGCAGUAGACCGGGGACGACAGGCCGCGCAAACGGUCACACCGGGGAAAGCGGCAGGGGGCGAAAAGUCAAAGAAGAAGAGAAAGAAGGCGAAAUCACAGCCCACUGCUGUCGCUGGACCGUCGGCCCCAAGCGGUCAGCAGCCGCCACCCCCUGCACCUGGGUCCUCGGACCAGCAAUGGACUUCAGUGGUGAGUAGGAGCGCGAGGAGGAGGGCCGCUGCACAGUCGAAGACGCAGCCCCAGGCAAACACAAAAAGGAAGGCAGCGAACGAGAAGGCUCAGGCAAAGGCAAAGACACGUAGUAGAGGUCUUCGCCCGCCGCGAUCGGCAGCUGUGGUGCUGACGCUGCAACCGGAAGCGGAGGCAAACGGCGCAACGUAUGCCAAGGUGCUGGCCGUAGCAAAGGAGAAGGUCAAGCUAUCUGAUCUGGGCAUUUCCGAUUUGCGUUUUCGGCGGGCAGCCACUGGCGCACGGAUCCUGCAGCUGCCGGGUGUGAACAGCGGUGAGAAGGCCGAUAAGCUGGCAAGGGAGCUGGCGGAAAAACUGGGAGAGGAAGUCCGAGUGUCCAGGCCGACAAAGUGUGCGGAGUUGCGACUAUCCAACCUGGAUGACUCUGUGACGUCGGAGGAGGUAGUCGCCGCCGUUGCUCGAGCCGGGGAAUGUACUCAGGAUCAGGUCAAGGCAGGGGAAAUCCGCCGGGAUCACACUGGUCUUGGUACAGUCUGGGUACGCUGCCCGGUCACGGCGGCAAAGAAGGUGUCCGACGGUGGUCGUUUCCUGGUUGGAUGGUCUUCGGCACAGGUGAAGCUGCUGGAGCCCAGAAUAUUACGCUGCUACCGCUGCCUGGAGGUUGGGCAUGUCAGGGCGCAAUGCCAAGCGCAAAUAGAUCGCGGCAGUCUGUGCUACCGAUGUGGAAAGCCGGACCACAAGGCGGCACAAUGCUCGGCCGAGCCCCACUGUGCAGUGUGCGAGGCAUCGGGUAAGUCGGCAAGCCAUGCCCUGGGCUCCAAGGCGUGCACUGCCCGAGGACAGAGGAAGGAUAGGAAGACUCGCGAUGGCCCCCCGGCCCCCUCGCAGUCCUCCCAGCCGGCCGCAACAACACCCGCGGCCAGCAAUGCGUUGGGGAAGCAAUGGCCGCUGAAUAAAUAA